UGCACCAAAAGCAAAGGAGUGGUCAAGCCAUUAAAAGUACUAAAUAUACGCACAAACAAAUCUUUUCACCUCUCUCUUUCUCUUUCUCUCUCUGAUUCGACACAAAUCCAUUCGAAUUGUACUAGCCGCACCUAUUACUACAUCAAAACCCAUAUUCCUUUUGGCUCUGUGUUUGUAGUGCGUAGUGUGUGACUGUGUGUUUUCAAUUUUCAUCACCAGAGCAAAUUCUUGCCCAAAUUUGUUAUCAAAGUGGAUUUAAACUUACUCUUAGAGCAAGAAAUGGAGCUAAAUGGUGAAAUGAAGGUGUCAAAGUUCAAGAGGAUUUGUGUCUUCUGUGGGAGUAGUCAGGGCAAGAAAAGCAGCUAUCAAGAUGCUGCAAUUGAGCUUGGAAAAGAAUUGGUUUCAAGAAACAUCGAUUUGGUGUAUGGCGGAGGUAGCAUUGGGUUAAUGGGAUUGGUUUCGCAAGCUGUUCAUGAUGGUGGUCGCCAUGUCAUUGGGGUCAUUCCGAAGACACUCAUGCCUCGAGAGUUGACUGGUGAAACAGUAGGAGAAGUUAAAGCAGUGGCAGAUAUGCACCAAAGGAAAGCUGAGAUGGCUAAGCAUUCUGAUGCUUUUAUUGCUUUACCAGGUGGGUAUGGCACUCUUGAAGAGCUUCUUGAAGUGAUAACAUGGGCUCAACUUGGAAUUCAUGAUAAGCCUGUCGGAUUGCUGAAUGUUGAUGGUUACUACAAUUCGUUACUCUCGUUCAUUGACAAAGCAGUUGAAGAAGGCUUCAUUAGCCCAAGUGCUCGCCACAUCAUCGUUUCGGCUCCUACUGCUAAAGUUUUGGUUCGCAAAUUGGAGGAGUAUGUUCCAAGCCAUGAAGGUGUUGCUUCAAAGUUGAACUGGGAAAUUGAGCAACAACUUGAAUUCACUGACUAUGAUAUCUCUAGAUGAUCAAAGAAGAAAAAGAUUGAAGACUUUUGGAAGAAAAAAAAAAGGAGCUAACUUUGAAAGGGCUUUUGUUCUAAUUAGAUUUUUGAUGUGAAGGGUAGUAAUCUUUUUUGAUUUUGUAAAUUAUUAAUGAUGGAAAUGACUUCCAAGAAAACAUGUGGGAAAUCUCUCAUUUUGUAACCCCCCUUCACUUGCAACUCUGGUUUAUUUCACAGGUUGUAAAGAUUACCAUAUAUAUGCAUAUUACUAUCUCCUC